AUGUUCAUGAAUCACAGGUUCGCUGAACCAGUGGACGUGCUUAAAGUAUUAGACUUUCACAGUUCCCCAGAAGGAGUUAGGAAAACAUCAGGAUUUUGCACAAACCGAAGAGCAUCUCAGCCAGACACAGCCUACAGAGUUGGAAAGCAAGCCCAGAUCAGUGCCCCCACCAAGCAGCUUUUCCCAGGAGGUGAGUUCCCUGAAGACUUCUCCAUCCUGACCACCCUCAGGCCCAAGGCCGGCCUCCAGUCCUUCCUGCUGUCUGUCUACAGUGAGCAGGGCGUGCAGCAGCUGGGAGUGGAGGUGGGACGCUCACCCGUCUUCCUGUAUGAGGACCAGAGUGGCAGGCCCGCUCCUGAGGGCUACCCGCUGUUCCGCUCUCUCAACCUGGCCGAUGGAAAGUGGCAUCGUGUGGCCAUCAGCGUGGAGAGGAAGACGGUCACCGUCAUCGUGGACUGUAAACAGAAGAUCACCAAACCCCUCCUCAGGGGUGACUGUGCCUCCGUCAACACCGGAGGGAUCACCGUGUUCGGAACCAGGAUCCUUGACGAAGACGUCUUCCAGGGUGACAUCCAGCAGCUGCUGAUUGUGUCCGAUCCUAAAGCAGCUUACGACUACUGUGAACACUACAGCCCCGACUGUGAAACUCCCCACAGCCACUCCUUACAGGCCCAGCAGCCUGAAGAUCAGAUUAAACUCUGCAUUAAGAACGCCAGUGCAUCUCCUCCUCAUGGACUGCACCAGAUUUGCCAGUUCUUGCUCGACGGUGGAUUUGUGCCCAUAGGCGACGUUGUUGCCGGUGAUAUCUUGUGA